AUGUUACGUCCAACAUUUCCAGUCUGCACAGUGGUAACCGCUAUGCUUUUACUUCCAAUUGCACCUUCCGAACGUGAAGUCACAUCCGCUUAUUGCACAAUACUGGACCGGAACGCCGCCUCAUUCGUCUGCCAUUCAUGGUACCGGGCGGAGGUGCUCACCCGAUCUGAUCUCUUCAUCGGAAACUGCUACGCCGUUUCGCCACACCGCGCCACCUCCCGCUUCCGCCGUGUCCGGUUCCUCACCGUGAAGGGCAAGCCUUGUUUUGCGGACUUCGAUCUGUUGCCGCUUAACUGGGGUGCCCACUUCUCUCCCUGGGGCUCUGCACUCGCCGAUGCCUACCCUUGGCUCGAGAAGCUUCACCUGAAGCGUGUGUCUCUCACUGAUGAUGACCUCAACCUUAUCGCUCGCUCCUUCCCUUCCUUGAAGGAACUCGUUCUCGUGUGCCAUGAAGGUUUUGGGAUCGCGGGAAUUGGCGCUAUUGCUGCCAACUGCAGGUUGAUGAGAGUGCUUGACCUUGUGGAGUCUGUGGUUGAGGAUGCUGAUGAAGACGAGGAGGUGAUGGAUUGGAUAUCAUGUUUUUCGGAUGGUGAGACUCAUCUGGAGUCUCUUGUGUUUGAGUGCGUUGAGUGCCCGUUGUACGGCCUGAUGCAUCGAGCUCCACAGCUCACCCAUCUUGGGACAGGUUCAUUCUGUGCAUCAGAUGAUGUGGCUGUUGGUGAUCAGGAACUGGAUUACUCAUCUGCCUUUGCAGCUUGCAAAUCCCUAGUUUGUUUGUCUGGGUUCCGGGAUAUUUUGCCGGAUUAA